AUGGUGGCUUUGUUUACAUUCAGUAUUUGGGAUGCACGUUCGCAACCAUUUAGUAUGUGUGAUACCAAGAACAACAACACGAUUGGCCUCGCUGCCCCACACUGCAAUGGGCCCUGCCAGAUUCCGGGGGCCGCUUUGCUCUUUCACUUUUGCUUUAGUCAAUAUACCAAAAGGUCACGUGAGCCGCUUGCGAGGUCAGGUGCGGGUCGCUCACGUGAACAACAAGCUCGCGUUUUACCACUCAUGCUUCCACUCACCGGUAAGUGCUUCUGUUGUACCGCCAUCAGCAGCGAGGCCCGUGACACCGUCGAGCGCCAGGUGGUCGAGCUCGGCGGAACGUACACACUUGAUCUCAUGCUGCACACCACGCAUCUCGUGGUGGGCGACACCCGUACUGCCAAGUACCGCUACUGUGUGCGCCACCGCGACGACGUGAAGAUUCUUCAGCCAACUGCUAUUGGCCAGUUCUACGAGGCAUGGCGACGUGGGCGUGGUGACACUACCACUAUCGUGCCCGCGGCCUCCCCGCUGCUCGACUCGUUCGUUCUCCCAACGUUCUACGGCCUCGCUAUUUGUGUGGGGCAUUUCCGCUCCGAUAGCAUCUACGAUCUCAACGGUGACAACACCUCGCCGGCCGCCGUACGGGCGCUUAUCGAGCGUCAUGGUGGUACUGCCACCGACCUGCUUACAAAUGCACAUGCCAUGCUCCUCUCGAAUAUUCCUACUGGGAAGAGGUACACCAAGGCAGUGGAAUGGCGUCUUCCCGUUGUACACCCGUUGUACGUCCUCGACAGCUUACGGCGAGGUGCCUCGCUCGAUCCUGAUGACUAUGCCUACGACCACUACCCGGAGAUCCCCCGAAAUUCGGAUGCCCCCACCUCUGGUGGUGACCCUCCUUCAAUGGCGGUACUGGCAGCAGCUGCCGUCGCGCGCACGGACCUGGCCCCGGCCAAAAUCAGAAAGAACCUUGACGUAUGGAACUCUCUCGUGCACAGGGAGCACACUACCACCUCUGGUGGUAGUCACAGUACCACCACAGAUGCAAUGAGUAACUGGCUUCUUCCAAGUUCUGAAAUUGGAACUAAACGUACAAAGACAACGGAUACUACUGACUCCAUUUUCCAGGGGAUAACCUUCCACCUAUCGUCUUUCACGGUGGCACAGACGGUCAUCCUCUCCCGCGUAAUUGUUCAGCAUGGUGGUAGUACCAGCGGCGACGCCGACUACGUGCUCGUGCCGUUUGGUACAAAUUUGCGACCAAUGUCGCUGACAUCACCCGUCCGCACCGAGUGGCUCGUGGAGCGUUCCAUCUACUACGGGCGGCUCACCGAUGACGCCUGGUCCCACCAGCUCGCGGACCAUACUGUUUCCGGCGCCGUAUCAUCAGCGUCAGCCAGUCUCUCUGGAUUCAAGGGCAUAGAACACCUCCAUCUCACAAAACUAUGUCGGCAUUUGGGAAUGGAAGUCUCGGAUUCUUUUAACGCAAAUAUCGACAUGCUCGUGGUCAACAUCAACAUCUUCAAGCAACGACUACCCGAGCUGUUGUUCGAACGGCCAGAGCUAGUUGAAUGUGCCUACAAUUCUAUCAGCCGCGUAUCCACCAAGAAUAAGAUCGUGGCUGCGAAAAAAUGGAAGAUACCGGUUGUGUCACCAUGGUAUUUAUUUGAACUUGCAAACGACUCAGAUCCUUCCAUCAAGGACUUAAAGUGGUGUUUGUACUAUCUGAAAAAGCAGGAACCUGACUCGGGUUCAGACCUGUUGCGACUCCCGUCCCCCAAGAAGAUCCGACGUCGGUUCGGGAAAUUGGUGACAAAUUCGAAGGAGCUUGAGUUGCAGACGAGUAAAACUCACGAAGACUCUAACGAUGAAGACGAGGUGCGCAUUGGAUAUGAUAGCAAACGACAGAAGAAAUAG